GAGCAGGAGAGGGAGAGGGAUGGCUUGGGGGUCUGAGGAGCAGAGCCAGAGGGGAAUGGCACCUGAGGGGGCGUAUGAGGGGGCGUUUGAGAGUGAGGCGUGGAGCAACAGUAGCUACCAGGCGACAGAGAGAGGAGGAGAUCUUACAGACGAGGCAGCAGAGGGAGAGCAGCAGGAUAAGGCAGCAUCUGCUAGUCACUUUUCAAUAGUGCGUCCAGCAUCCGGACCAAGCUCCUCUCAUCAGCAUCAUACGAGAGAGGAUGCUCUGACUCAAAUGUCCAGCACAGACCUGCUGCCUGGAAGCCACAGGGAUGAGGGCCAAGUUUCCAAAAGAGUUCCAGGUCACUGGGUUUCACAAACAGAUCUCAUGGACCUUCCACCAUACACAGCAGGGCAGACAUUCUCCCAAGAAGAGUUGUCAAAUCUACCUGUUCCACCAAAACACCCUAAACCUCAGAAGACCUGGCAGAAGAAGAAAUUCAGAACUGGGGAUUUUGAGGACUGGAUAGACCAAGAAAUUGUUCGGCAGCGGCGUCUGCUGUGGACGCGGAGACAGAGGCAGUGGCAGGUGCAGGAGAGGAGGUCGGACAUGCAGCAGAGGAGGCAGCAGUGGCUGGAGGAUCAACCCUACCAUGCCCUCUGUGGCAAAGACAACACGGGGCCCGAUGGGCCCUCAUGGUGUCCCUUGAGACAUCAGCAUUGGGCUUCCGCGGAGGGACAGCGGCCUGGUGACAGAGGACAAGCCCAGGUCCAGCAGUCUUGUGACAGAGGCCAGGACCAGGUCCCGGUUCAGAUCCUGGGCCAGGGUCUCUCAAGCAGGAGUGGAACCACGCCGCAGCAGUUCAUCCACAAAGCUCGCUCUCAUACACAGCAGGGCUCAAGCACAGAUACGCCAUACAGACAUCAGAUGCCUUUUGCGUUCCAAAGUUUCAGCAGCACUAAAAGGCCAAGUCAGGGCUCAAGAAGUCUGAGCAGAGUUCUACCAGUCAGACCAUGCUCUAGUCCAUCCAUCCCCAGUAAGGGGCAGUUCGUGUUAACUCACUUUGAGGACGAGCCAGUCAGCCAGCUACCUUCCCAGCUGGAGGAGAGGCUCCUGAGAGAACGCUUUCCAGGCUACCACAAAGAACUGACAUCUAAGGGGGUCAUACCCCUGCACACCGUAUACUUUUAAACAAUACGCCUAACCCCUUUAUGUCUGCUGGGUCACAUAAUCACAGUGUAAUUAAGUAGCACUACACUCAUAAGGUUUAUCUUUGUAAAAAGAUGUCUUUGUGUAGUUUCACACAGACGCCUGGGCCUACUGAAAGGGUCGGGUCUUGUAUCAUCAACAAGUGGCUCAGUAUCAUUGUAGAAAAGAGGAUAAGGUCAGGGUUUUAUUAGAUGUCACAUCUUGUUGAAAUGUCCACAUAGUACCUCUUUUCUAUAUAGUUUGUAGUUCUUGGAUGAACUUGAAAAAGUUGUAUUCUCUUUGGAAAUACUCUCUGUCCAUCAGACAUCAGAAACGGGUCUUGACCUAAACCUAUCUGCUCAUUUUUUGUAAGAAAUAUACGUUUGUUGUAAUAUUCUAUAAUAAAUGUUGUUAUUUUUCAAUA